ACACAUAUUAAUCAUCUGUGCUUCAGAAUUACCUCUCUCCUUCCUAUAUCAAAAUUAUUAUUUCUUUUUUUGACUAGAUCUCAGUUGUUAGUUGAAAAGUAAUUUAAUUAAACAAAUUCAUUUUAAGCAUAUUAAGCAAUGAUUGAGAUCUCCUUCAGCCCUCCUUGGGGCAUUUGCCUUACGUGGCUAUUCUAGAUGGCGAACCUGAUGAGGUUUUCAUCUUGGCAGUGGGACUGGGAUCAGAGAGUUGAACUAUUAACAUAGCUGUUCCCUUCCCUAAGCCACUUACUUUACUGAGUUCAUAUGUAAUUAGUCUUGUGACUAGCCUGGGGCAAAGGGAGCCUACCCACUAGUCACCUAAGUAGUAUGUGCCAGAGGCAGGAGUUGAACCAAGAAUUCUCGGCCCUUGCAGUGUCCUAUCCUCUCUGCUGUCCUGCCUAUAGGAUCCUACUUUUAAAUGGAUUAAUUAGGAAAGUUGAGACUAAAUUUAAUGACCACUUCUUUUUCCUUUUCCUGAUCCAGUCCUACCUAGAGAGGUUUAAAUAAUGCAAGAGUUGCCAACACAAAGCAAGUGAAAAUAUCUCAGAAUCUUUAGCCAGCAAAGCUCAUUAAUCUCCUUAUUAAAAAAAAGAGAUUAGCACGGCCAUGGUAGUCAUGGUAGCAUAGUCGUAGGCAGUCCCCUAUAAACAGGGGAGACCAGACAAACUUUGUUGCAAAAUACACAGAGGAAGUGCAAAGAAUAUUAUGGUCCGUAUCACUUCACAAAACAACAAAAAGCAGUUGAAGAGAAAUAAAUCAUAGGAUAGGUUGGUGUGACCUCCAGCCAAGCCAAGCUAUUUAGCAAGAAUUUCUAGAUUAAACUGGAUUGAGGGCAACAAAUAGAUACGAAAUGGAACAGAUCUAAUGAUAUUUUAACAAUUGUCUGUUUCUGUUUGUAAUCAUAAUGGAAUCGUCAUAUUUGCACUCUACUUCUGUAGGAAGCUGGCAUUAUAUAGAUAAAUGGCAGAGACUCCUAAGAAAAUCAAGUUAAAAAGAGCACUGGAAUGGAAAAUAAUAAAAUGAACUUUUAUAAAAGAAAAAGAGUAAAUACAAGAUCCUUGUUGCUUUUUGGAAACUUUUGACUUAAGUAGACAAAAAUAUUUUCAGUAAAGUCUGUCAAUAGAUAUGCUAUCCAAAAUUUUUUGGGGGGAUAAAGUUACCAAACUGAUAUAUUUGAAGAAUGCUACAGAUAUAAUUUGCCUAUGUUUAGCCAAAUUUUAUAAAGUAUAUAGCAUAGCUUUUUUUAGGGGACAUAUAGAGAUGUGGGCUAAUAUAAGAUAUGGAAUAAUAUGAUUAAAUGGAUUGGAUUUUAAUUGUCUAGAUUCAAAGAAGAAUUAGUGAAACUUCAGUUUCAGGGGGCAGCUGGGUGGCCCAGUGGAUGGAGAGCCAGGGCUAGAGAUGGGAGGUCUUAGGUUCAAAUCUGGCUUCAAAUACUUCCUAGCUGUGUGACCCUGGGCAAGUCACUUAACCCUCAUUGCCUAGCCCUUAUCACUCUUCUGCCUUGGAGCCAACACACAGUAUUGACUUCAAGAUGGAAGGUAAGGAUUAAAAAAAAAAUUCAGUUUCAUCUGAGAAGGUAUUCAGUGGAGUGCCCAAGGAAUCUGUCUGUGCUCUUUUACUAUGUAAUAUUAUCAGGGACUCGCUGCUUUCCUUACCAAAUUGUUAACUGAUAUAAAGCUUGGAAAGAAUGCAGUAGUUUUCAAGUUGUCUAUUCUUGUUUGUUUUCAUUAAUUCUGCUUUGACAAUGCUUACUUUUUAUUUAAUUUCUGAUUGGAUAUCUUCUUUGAAUGUUUUAUUUCAUUUCUGAACCCUUUUCGAAUUCUUUGCUAUUUAUUCCAUGAUUUCUUCAAAAUCAUCUUUAUUUUUCUUUUUUCUUCUGUUUAUUUUUCCAGAUUACAUGUCGAUACAAUUUUUAAUACAAUUAUUGAAGUGCUGGCAUUUCAAAAUUCUUGUUCUCUUCCUCCCUCCCAUCCCUUCUCCUCCUUAAGAAGGCGGGUAACAUGAUAUAAGACUGUACAUAUUUUAUUAUACACUACAUUUUCCCAUGUUCGUCACAUUGUGAAACAAAACACAUGCUGCUUACACUAGAGACAAAUUCAUGAAGGAAAUAAAAUUAAAAUUGUUUUACUCUGCAUUCAGAGCCCAUCAAUUCCUCCAGUGAUGGUGGAUAUCCUUUUUUGUGUCAUGAGUCCAUUGGAAUCCUUGUCCUGAAUCCUUACCUUGUUGAUUAAGUCAUUCACAGCUGAUCAUCAUAAACUUAUUACUGUGUAUAAAAUUUCCUAGUUCUGCUCACUUCACUUUGCAUCACUUUGCCUUUCUGAAUAUUUUGUGAUCAUCUUGUUUUGUCAUCAAAAUCUUCUUUAUUACUGUGGAUUUAGUGUUCAUUUUCCUUCAUAGUAUUAUACUUGUUUAAUAUGUUAUUUUACAUUUUUUGCUCAUUUUUUCUUCAUGAAUCUCACUGUUUAUUUGCUUCAUAGCUAAGCUUCUGCCUAGACUUUCUUGUAGACUUUUUGUCUUACUGCCUUUUUCUGGUGUGUAUUGCAACUUGUUUCAAGAUUCCCUUGUUAAUCUUAUUACUUCUUCCUGUUUCUACUUUUUAAUACCCUUUAACCUAAACAGACCUUUGAGGAUGGUUAUCUUCAGGUUUAUUCCCGUUUGUUGGGAAGUGUGAUGGUCCAGCUGCCUCCUUACUCAAAGUAAAUUCAUAGAGAAUGAACUGAUAACCAAAUUGGUCUCUAGCUCCCUUUCUCCUUGGGAGGAGAAGGCUUUUCCUCUUCUAAAAGCUCCAAUCUCCUCUACUACCAUCCAAGUUGCUUUUUCUUUGCUUUUAUGUGACUGGGUUGAAUUAAUAUCAUCUUCUUUUUGGGGAGAGAAAGAGAGAGUGUGAGAAUGAGUGAGCGAGAGUUGGAUUGAAUCAAUGUAAGGAGUAAGGAUGCUUGUAAUCAGACUAGUAAACAAAAGUUUGUGAGAGUGCUAAUUCUGGCUCUACCUAGCCCUCCAAGCGUGCUGGGAGAGACAAUGAGUAGAAGUUUUAAGUAAAUCUUGUUUUGAUGUUAUUUCAUAAGACUCCUGCAUUGGGUUGUUUUUCUGUCAUUUUAUAUAUUUAGUUUUGAGACUGAAGAGGUGGUACAUAUUUUCUUCUCUUGAGGUUCUUACAUUGGCAGCUUAUGUGGAAAAUAAUUAUUCAGCUAUCUCUCUGAUCAUAACCCAUCCAUUAAUAAUAAGAUGUUUAACAGGAAUAAGUAAAAAAAAAUCACACAUGCAUUUGUCAAAUUGACUCCAUAAAUACAGAUGGAGGAAAUUAUUUUUCUGAAAAGACUUGUUGAAAUUUAGUGGAUGACAAGCUCAGUGUGGCUCAACAACAUGCUACAGCUACCAGAAAAGCUUCUAUAGUCUUGGGUUUCAUUAAGUGAGGCUUAGUUUCUGUAAAUAAAAAUAAAGUGAUAGUUCCAUAGUAUUAUGCCCAGGGUAAAACCUCUGAAAUAUUUUGUUGAGUUCUCAUUACCCUGGUUUAGGAAGGAUAUUUAUUCAUAAACUGAAAAGUAGUCAGAGGAGGGGAACCAGGAAAGUGAUGGUCAUGGAGUCCAUCGCCUAUACAGAUCAAAUGAAGGAAUUGAGGCUCUUUAGAUUGAGGAGGGAGGACUCUUAUCUGAGGAAGUAAUAAUUGUUUUGAAAUAUUUGAAGAGCAAUUAGAGAAGAGGAUUAGAUUUUUCCUUCUUGUAUCUGUUUUCCAAGUGUGCCUGUUUGCAGAAGACUAUGCAAAUUUCAUUAAUCCUUUGAAAACUGCAAAGUAAUUCAAAAGAAAUAGGUCUUACAUAUCACAGUAGAAAAACAUAAUUGCUGAAAAAUUCUUACUUCCCAGAAGAUAAAACAUAGCUCUGUGGUCAGCCCCUUUAGUCAAUCAAUGCUGUUAUGGUUCAGUUGUUUUAAUCAUAUUUAACCCUUUAUGACCCCCCUCUUUUUUUUUUUGGCAGAGAUACUGGAGUUAUCAUUUCUUCUCUGGCUCGUUUUAUAGGUGAUGGAAGUAAGGAAAACAGGGUUAAAUGACUUCCCCAGAGUCACACAGCUAAUGCCCUAAAUAAACAGUUCAGAUGGACAAGUUGUGCCCAAAAUUGAGCUAGAGAAGGAUAUAUUGCAUUUUGGAAUCAUGAUGUUAAUAGUUAAUUGCAUUUAUUAAGGGCCUACUAUGUGCCAGACACUGCCCUAAGUUUUGGGGAUUCAAAUAUACAUAUAGCAAAGGACAGUCUCUGCCCUCAAGGAGAUUCCAGGGUAAAGAUUUAAAAUAAAUCUGUGGGGGAAGAAGGUGACCAACCUAGAAGCAAGAUGGAAAAGUCAGAAAAGUCCCAAAGUAGCACAUAAAUGAGGUGUCUCUGUUGAGCUCUUUCUUUAAAAGCUCUUUUUUUUUUUUACAGCAUUGGCUCCACUCUCCAGUCAAAGGGGAGGGAAGGGGUGAGGUAUGGGUACCAAGGCUGGUUGGAUCUUGUAAGAUGAUGAGGGUUUCCCAAUGAUGGACUUUCUGGGGAGUGUGUUGAAGCAAUUGGGGAAGUCCUUAAGUAGUACAAGGUAGGAAAUGAAGAAUGAUGUUUUCAUUGAUGCCAUACUACUUGCUGGGCAGCUAGGUGGUGUAGUGGAGGGACUGUCAAGUCUGGAGUCAGAAAGAAUCAUCUUCCUGAGUUCAAAUCUGGCCUCAGACAUUUACUCUGUGUGACCCUAAGCAAGUCCCUUAACUAUGCUUGCCUCAGUUUCCUCAUCUGUGAAAUGAUCUAGAGAGGGAAAUGGUAAACCUCUUCAGUAUCUCUGCUAUGAAAAUCCAAAAUGAGGUCAUGAAGAGUCGGAUAUUACUCAACAACUACUAUUACUACUCGCUGCAAAAGUCCCGUCUUUGUAAUUUAGAUAUUUUGCCAGGGAUACUAGAUAGCAAUGAGUCAUAGAAUCUGUAAGCCUUGAGGAAUUCUUAUUAAUAACCCAAAGAAUCAUGGAAAGGUAUGUAAUGGACCAAAGCAAGUUGUAGUAUAUUACUGAUAUCAUCUUAUGCUAAAAAUGGCAUUUGGCACUUAUUAAGAACAUAAUAAAUUCAUUUUCAUAUAUUUAUUCAUAAAAACAUCAAAGAUGUUCACUGAAAAUGAACUUCGAUUUUUUCAUCUGUAAAUGAGGAUAACUUUAGAGCAGUAACAAAUGUUGGAGGUCAUUUAGUCCUGUUCCUCCUCCUACCCCCCAUUUUAUAGAUUUAGAGAGAGCAGGCAGACAUGGACAGAGGUACCUUAGAUAUAUUAAAAGAAGAAUAAGGCUUCUUGUAGCGUGACUAUAUUCUUGGCAUAUUAAGGAAAAAAGCAUAGUCGUUCAUUUCCUCAGGAGUAAAGAUGUUUAGGUAUUAUAGUGUCUAGGGAAUGAUGGCAGUGAUAAAUUCAUGAACUUUUCAAAGCCACAUGUUAAAAUUCUAGCCAUAGUUCCUAUUAAAUUUAAAUAAAACUAUUGAAUCUUUGAGCUGAAAGGUGAGGAAUCUGAGACCCAGAGAGAGAUUAUGACUUCCCAAGGGGAUGUCUUAUUAACAAGGAGGUAAUUAAUACCAGAACCAGGAUGAGACCCUAUGUUUUCUGAAGCUCAAUUAUUUUUUCUUUAGAGUUUAUUGAUACCUUUAAAAAAAAUCCUUACCUUCUUUAUGAGAAUCAGUAUUGUGUAUUGGUUCCAAGGCAGAAGAGUGGUAAGGAUCAGGCCAUUUGCCCAGGGUCACAUAGCUAGGAAGUGUCUGAUGGCAUAUUUGAACUCAGGACCUCCUGUCUCUGGGUCUCACUUUAAGUCCACUAAACCAUUAACAGCUCUCCACCACCACCCUCUCCCUGAUGCCUUUUAGAAAAUAAAAAUAAUAUCUACAUUAUCGCCAUAUUCUUCUUUUUUCUUUUUUAGCCUUGAGUAAAUGAAAAUAAUCAAGAUCCAACAGGAUGACCACAUAUGUGUAUGAAUGCAGUGUUCUGCAUCCAUAACUUCCACCUUACCAAAUAAAGGAGGGAUUCUCUAGCAUCCAUCUUUCUGAUUGAUGUGACUCUAGAAACAAAUGGAUGAAUGAAUAUCUAUAUGAAGAGAAAAACAAUAAAGAUGUGGAACUAAGAUCCUGAGAGAUGAAGUGACUUGCUUAUGAAGGGGAAGGAGAAAGUAACAAGCAUUUAUGAAGUACCUACUAUGUGCUAAGCACUAUGCUAAGUUAUUUACAUAUAUUAUAUCAUUUGAUCCUCAUAUCAACCUUUGAAGAAAAUCAGCACCUUUGAGAACAGAAUGUUAAUGCUUGAUGGGAUGCCGGCAGUCAGAGUCAAAACAGAGCUGUUGGAAUCUGAACAAGGGUCUCCAAACGUCCACAACUACCCGGAUAUGGAAGCCGUUCCCCUCUUGUUAAAUAACAUGAAAACGGAGCCCCCGGAGGACUCAUUAUCCACAGAUCACUUCCAAACACAAACUGAGCCAGUGGACUUGUCAAUAAACAAAGCCAGGACGUCCCCUACAGCAGUUUCAUCCUCCCCCGUUUCCAUGACAGCCUCUGCCUCCUCUCCUUCCUCUACUUCAACUUCUUCAUCAUCGUCCUCUAGUCGUCCAGCCUCAUCCCCAACCGUUAUCACGUCAGUAUCUUCAGCAUCAUCUGCGCCAACAGUAUUAACUCCAGGGCCUCUUGUGGCCUCUGCAUCUGGUGUGGGUGGUCAGCAGUUUUUGCACAUUAUCCAUCCAGUACCACCUUCGAGCCCCAUGAAUUUACAGUCUAACAAACUGAGUCAUGUUCACCGCAUCCCAGUGGUGGUGCAGUCGGUGCCUGUUGUCUAUACAGCUGUGAGGUCACCUGGAAACAUGAAUAACACUAUAGUAGUGCCGUUGCUGGAGGAUGGGAGAAGCCAUGUCAAAGCACAAAUGGACCCCAGAGGCCUAUCUCCCAGACAAAUUAAAAGUGACAGUGAUGAUGAUGACCUGCCAAAUGUGACCUUAGAUAGCGUUAAUGAAACUGGAUCUACAGCCCUUUCCAUAGCCAGAGCAGUACAAGAUUCAAUUUCACCCUUCAGUAUUGAGAGCACAAGACGCCAGAGACGGUCUGAAUCUCCGGACUCCAGGAAACGGCGUAUCCACAGAUGUGAUUUUGAGGGAUGCAACAAAGUGUAUACAAAGAGUUCUCACUUGAAGGCCCAUCGGAGGACGCACACAGGAGAAAAACCAUACAAAUGCACCUGGGAAGGCUGUACCUGGAAGUUUGCUCGUUCGGAUGAACUGACAAGGCAUUACCGCAAACACACGGGAGUGAAGCCAUUCAAAUGCGCAGACUGUGAUCGUAGUUUUUCCCGAUCAGAUCACUUGGCACUGCACCGUCGGAGGCACAUGCUAGUCUGAGGAAUGCGACUUGUCCAGCGGAGCGUAAGAGCUGGGUCUCUUAGCUGCACCCCAUUCAGCAGGGCUGAAUCCCCAUCACAGUGUUAACACAAAAGGGCAUCAUCAUCCCACGAUGUCUGAAACCAGAGCAGGAAAACGAAUGGUACUUUUCUCCUCUCUCUCUGAAGGUAACCCCAUCAUGGCUACACAGGCAGCGUUCUCAUGCUGGCCGCCGGGGAGAUGAGUGACUCAGAUGCUUGAAGAGACAGGCAUUGUUUUCCAAGCUGUGUCCUCUACUGUUUCAAGAUGUUUGUAGCUUAUACAUUUUCUCAGCUGUCAGACAUUUUCUUAUUGAUCUUUUAAAAAUCAGUUACCACAAAUUGAUGGCAAGAGCAAGACCUUUUUAACUUGGAUUAUUAUUAUUCCCAAUCCUCCCCACCCCCUUUUUUUGGACUACCAUCUCAGUCAUGUAGGAACCAUGCCCAAUUUCGGUUACCGGCAAGCUGCAUGAAAAUAGAGAAGAAUCUAUUGGAGAGGUUCCAUUCCCUGGAAAUCAAGGGGCACUCCAGCAGACUUUUGCAGUAGUGAUGGUGGCACUUAGAGAUCACACACAAUCUGUCAUUUUGCCAUGCCCUUAAGGACACCGACAUUUAAUCUUUCAUUUGGUUGUUGUUGUUCGUUCUUUGUUUCAUUCUGAUUCUGUGUUGUCCGUCUGCUCAAACAAAAGGGGACAAACCAUGUUUCGCUCGAGGUCCAGUCCAAGGGUCUGCUCUGACAGGGACUAGUAUAGAAAUGGUUUGGGGGUGUUGUCUAGGAAGAGCCUUUCUUUCUUUCCAAAACAAAAACAAAAAACGACUGGCCCGUUCCAAAGUGAAGUUUUCUGUCACCUAGGCAUCAUCGCUCGCAGCCCUAGUAUUUGAUUACAAGGAAUCAGGAAAAGAAACUUUCUUAGACACACUGGCACCAAGGUAAGAGGUGUGGCUGUCCAAGCAAAGUCAGUGAACAUGAAAAAUCAGACAAAGCGGAGAAGGAAAUAAUGCGCCUCUUGAGGAGAAAAGCAAUAAUGAAUAAAAGGACUUUCCUACAAUAACUUCACUGAGGACUCACAUUACCAAUUUUCAUACUUACUAAAGGAAUUGUUUUUUAAAAAACCCAGCUUUUUUCGAUGUCUUGGUUCUUUUACAAUGUCGAGGUAAUCUUUCUGUGGUUUACUGUCCUGCUCAGUUCAAGAUUGGGCUCCCUUUUUCACAUUUUAGAAUUCCUUUGGUGGCUGGAAAGCCAAGGCAGGUCCAGAGGAGAAGAAGCCCCUACCUUAACAGGUCAGCUCUCCUUGAAAUAAAUGAGUGCAAAGAGGAUGCUCCCAGAGGAAAGACUGAAAUGGUGCUAGUUUCUACUCUUGGGAAGCAGAGAAUCAGAGAAUAGUCCCUGGACUCUGCUCUACAGGUUUGGGUUUUUAAAUUAUAUUUCGGCUCAGUGGUGUCUGGCGGGAUUUUUGCAGGUAUGCUCCAUCCAGACUUCCUGCAUCAAGGAUAAGGAAAAAAAAUUAUUACUUCUCCUUUCCCUCUCCUCACCCCUCCAAAAAAAAAAAGUGUGAGCUUAUCUGUAAUGAAUCAAGUCUAUGAUAAAUAAAGCAAUAUGUCAUCAACAAACAUCCUUUUAAAAAAUAAAUUCCUCUCUUUCACUAAGAACUGAACUGGGGUUUUCCUCCCCCAUCUCAACAGAGUAAAAGGAGUUUGGUGAGUUAUUUUUACUUGUUCAAGUUUUUUAUAGCUCAGCUAUAAAGGGUCUCCAGAAAGACCUUUGCAAUAUACUUUAAUUAUGAAAACUUGGAUUCGGGAAAGGCACAAAUUAACCUCACAAUGCUCCUAGCUCAUUUUGAAGUGUUUGAACAGUCUGAAAUAACUUUGGUUACUGAAGUAGCCUUGUUUAGGAUUAUCUUUAAAUCUCUAUAAUCUUGUUCUGAAAAGUGACUGUUGAAGCAGGAACUAGGGACAUUGAAUGAAACAAGUGAGAUUUGUCUCCGAUAGUAUUAAAAGUAUUUGAAAUAACAUUCAAAUAAUAGUGUAACAGUUUUCAGGUUAAAAACUUAGUAUAAAUCUAUGCUCUACAUUGUCUGCCAAUUUUUCAGCAGAAAAAUUGAGCAACUCCAAACCACCUCAGACUAGGGCUGCAGCCUUGCACUGGGUGUUCCCUCCUAGAAGGUUUUUCUGUCCAUUGCUGAAUGCAGCUCCCUUCCCUGCCCAACCUCUCCAAGUCUGUGUCUAUUCUUAAUAGGAAACGAUUCUCAAUUUCGAUGGCGAGCUACCAACCAAGAGAGCAGAGGAUAAUGAAACAUGCAUUCACACCUCCCUGGCUGCCACUGGCCCAUACUCCCAAGGCUCAAAAUGUCAGCUGACUUCUUGAUGGCUGUUCUUCACAGAAGGGUCCAUCUGUUUAUCAUCCCCAAGGAGCAUUCUUCAGUGUUCUAGGUAGUCCUGCGUGGAGGAUACCUACCAGCAAUAAGCCCAGUAUUUAGGAGGCCUUUGAGAUAUAUAGCUAGAUUAGAUUGACUUAGCACAGAUCUAAAUGACUUUUAUUCUCUUUAUAAAAUUGGAAAGUGGGAAUGAGGGAGACUAUGCCCUCACCCCCAAAAGGGAAAGCCAAACCCAACAUGGAGCUGAAAACUAAGGCUCGUCACUGUUCACUCUUCUCCCUUUAUACAUAUCAAUGCAUCCAGUAGUGUAAACAAAAUGAAAUCAAGCACAAAUGUAGAAAUGAGUCACUUUAAUAAUAAUAAAUAUUUAGAUGAAAACCUAGAAACUGGAAUUUCUUUUGGGCAAACCAGGUGCAUAGCAACGUAUUUAACCUUAAUGAGUUUCCUAAAUUCACUACAGGCACUUUGUUGCCAGAAAAAUGAAAAGCAGAGUGAUUUUGAAUAGAAGAAUUCCCCCCCUCCCAAAAAAAAUAACAACAAAAACACAGGUUGCUUUUCAGAAUUGGAAAGGCCUCUGUUUUCUCUCAGCAUUCAUUGCCUACCUCUGUUAUAAGCACAGUACCUAGUGAGUAACAGAGGAAAAGGUGGAGCCCUAGGGAAUUUCAUGGUCAUCUUUACUUUAAAUUUGAAGCUGUGUGUGUAUGUACAUGGAUGCAAGUGGCCUUCCCCACUCUUUCUUUAAUUGCUUUUAAAUCCAAGAUCGAUGCAGAAUAUCUGAUUCUCCAUCCCUUUGCCUGCCUGUAGAGCUACAGAAUUUCACUGGGAAGUAGAGUAGUGUCAGGGUUAGAGUCCAGGCUUUUACAUUUUAAUAGACUCUCUUAUUUGGGAAAAUGUUUUUUCUUGUUCUGUUUUCAUCCCUCUUCAGUCCCACAUAAACCUUGGAUCCUCCUUGUAACUUGCUACAAUUUCCCUGAAGGCUGUUAAGAUGGAAAUCUUGAAAGGCAUACACCCUAAAGCUCAGGCAGCCAUGGCUGGCAUCAGUUUUAGGAAACAUUAUAGAAUGUUGUUUUCAAAAGCAGUUGAAUAACAAUAAGGUAAACCACACCAUUUUUUUUAACAAGGGCACUUUUUUACUCACUUUCAAGUUUAAGUAAGAGGUAGAUAGGAAGAUGAUUGUCUGCAAAAGAACUUAUGAAAUGCCACAAUGUUUACAAGUGCCAGCUUCCAGAUGAUUAGCAAGAUCAUUUCAAGUGGUUGAAAAAGUCUAAGAGUCAAUAGCUUUUGGGGAGAAAAACACACUCACACAAUAACUUAGUGUUCUGUUUUUGAAUAGAAGAAUUAAAAAAAACCUUUGAAUUGCCAUUUCUUUUAUAAAUCAAAGCUAUUCUGCACUUUGAAAUCAACUCAUUACAAGGACAAUUUUGACAGGGAGAAAGAUGCAGUACUCCUUAUUCUGUACUUUAUUUAUUAUGCUUACCAAAGGUGCAAUUGAAUAAAUCUGGUAAGUAGAGGCCUUCGAUUGUAUUGUGUACUCCUAUUAAUCAUGGUUUCAGCUGCUUAGAGAUGUGGCUACAAAUAUUGGUGUUUAAGGCGGCUUUCCAACCAGUUAAAAUAAGAGGUGGCAAAGUUGACCAGUGUUAAGAAUACCAGCAUUCAUAUCGUAGGGAGGGUUAAAUUCUGAUGGCAAAGCACUAAAACCGAGUCAAUUAUGGAUUAUUAAUGGGUGUUAAAAAGCUAAUGCUCAUUUCUCAUGGUCCAGUCUCAGCAUUUACCUCCAUAAUAGUUCUUGUAAAUUUAGCAUGUAAAGUAUACUUUCUUACUAAAUCAUUAGUGGAAAUUUUUGAAAAAGCUCCCUUGGUUUCAUGGGGGUUAGUGAGUACAAUUUGAAAAAAAAAAAAAACCCAACAUCCCCUUCCAAUGAUUUGUUUAUUUUGACGUAUGAAGAGGUCAGUGAGCUACAUCUCCUCAUUCUCUUAUCAGUAUUGCCAUGCCUGCCUCUCUCUGUAAGCACCCCUAACAAAUGCACAUGAAUAUACUUUUCUAUACAUGCCGCCAGCGGCAUAUCCAUAUGUUCAUGGAUACAUAUUCUUACAGGAUAGUCAACCAAGAAAAAAGAUUUUUAAAGGAAGAUUUUGUAAUAUCCCAUGCUGUCUGGAAAAAGAAAUUAUUUACCUUACUAGGAAAUCAGCUUUGAUUGCUGAAUAUGAAGACUUUGCCUGUAUUUUAUAUCUUAAAAAUGUACAUAACAAAUGAAAACGGCUCUAUUUUCACAGUUUCAUUAUAGAACAAAUGUGUAGGUUUAGCAGCCCAUGCCCAUUGGUACUUUAAAUAUGUUAAUACUGAACAAUUUCCAUAGAAAUUCAAUUUUUAGUAAGAAAAUUAAAUCUAAGGAUACUGCAUCUUUUAAAAAUAGAAUGAAGGUAUUUUACUGUACUUGUAACAGUCUGAAUAUUCUGUAAUAUAUGUGAUAGUGGAAAAGUAUUUUCAAACUCACAGUUUUACACAGGUUGUAAAUAGUUUAUGAAGUAGGGGAAUGAGGGGGAAGCUUCUAGUUUUCAUCACACAAACACAUACGCACAUGCACGCACGCACGCACGCACACACACACACACAAACACACUGUUGAGAUAUGCCUUGUAAAUCUUCCACACAACUAGCCAUAUUACUAUAGGGUCUCAAUUGUUCCACUUUGUCAGAACAUGCUGAGCAUGUACAACCCAGAGUGGCCACUUGUUUUGGUUUGUCUAGGACAGCUUUGGAUACAAUGAAGUCAUUUGAAGUCCCUGGAAACUGAUUCCAAACUCAAAAUGCCUUUGUCUGAAUAGGGGAAAACAGCUGCAAGGGAGUAUUCUAGUGUUUAAAAUGUGCUCGAGAGAAAAAAAGAAGUAGACAAUUGUUUUAUUUUCUCAGUUAGCUCACUCCCUCUGCCAAAAUGGUCCUUGGACAAAAGAUUCCACAGUUCCAACAGGUGGUCACUCUUGGGUAAUUCCAAAGGGAAUUUUUGUUGUUAGGUAGAGCUGCAUGUGACCAGUAGCUAUGUGGUGGUAGUAUCAGUGAGAAUCCCCAUUUGCUGGUGUCAGAGAUAAGCUAAUUCUCAUUUUCAAAAACGAAUGAAAACCUGAAAGUGCCUGUCCAUAUACGUACAUGAUUACUGAUGGAAUGUUCUAUGCUUUUCACACAGCAAUAAUAAUGCUGCUUCAUUAGACUAGCACUUAUUUCCCCCCAAAUAAUUGAAAAAGAUAAAUUUCAAUAAAUCUAUCCAACGCCUUCCACUCCCCUACCACCCAAUCUCUUAUUUUAUCCUUUACUGUCCCAACUCUUGUGUGUCAUUUACCUUAAGUAAAAUGGUGUUAUUCAUGCAAAGGGAGAAUGCAGAUUUCAUCUAGAAAGCCCACGAUAUACAGUGGUAAUGCCAAAUCACAGCUUGCUAUAACGGUUGGUUUGUGUUUUCUGACCCGGAGCUCAUAAAGGAUUUCCAGUGAAUCAUACACAAUAUUCUCUGAGAGGAAGACCCAUGAUAGCAACUAGAAAUAAACAUGCUUUUCUAGCCACUUCAGCUGCUAGGACCCAUUAUUAAAUGUAAACAUUUUUGUUUCUUGUUUCUUUUUCUGACUUCACCUGUUGUUUUCCCAUUUCAACUGUAUCUCUGAGCAAAGAAAAUCUUCAUCCUUUCUAUAGGAAGACUAGUGGAGUCCUUGUAACAUUUAAGGAUGUCAACCCAUCACUCAGCCAAGGUUUGCUGAGCAGUCUGAACAUUACCAUAUUUACUUGCAUUAUUAUUCCCAUUUUCCCAUUCCCAAAUAGUCCACUGUUAAAGCUAGAAGCAUGGUUGGAAUUAGAACAUGAUGUGGUUUGGACAAUGUGAGCCCUGUUAGCACCUCUGCUUCACAAUAAAAGUGCUGGCAAAAUAAUGUUGUUGCCAGGUAAAAUUAUGUCCAUUGGACCUGAAGAAGCUCUGAGACUUGAUAAGAGAAGUUGAUGAAGUGCGAAUAGGGGUUAAGCACUUUUCCAUUUAUUUGCAGCAAAUCAAGAUUUAAGUAAACCCAGGUCAAAUAUUUAGCUCUUCCCAGAGUCUGAGGAGGUAAAGAACUGGAGCAGUGGACACCAAAAGAAAGUCCUGAUGGGGAAAGGAUCUUGCGUUUUCUUCUCAAAAUUCUUAAUCUUUUUUUUAAAAAAAUCAUCUGGAUAUAGUUAUUUCUAUAAAAUGUGAAGCCAUAUUGAAUGAAAAGUGAAAAAUAUAGUCAGUUGUCUGGAUGUCUGGUCAACAUAUACUGCAAGUCAUUCAUAUAUCUCUAAAUAUGUGGCAUAAAAUCCAGGGACAUCACUAACAUUUACCUCUUUGAUCAGAAUAUUUGGCUUUGUUUUGAUUAACUUGUGUCUCCACAGACAAAAAAUUGAUGACAUUAGUUCAAUUAUUCAAGCCAAAAUAAGAUAUUUACUUUUCUUUCUAUUGGUGUUUGGUCCUGCACAAUCCAACAAUUUGCUUGAAUUCUCUUCUUCACUUUUCAUUCAGAUGGCUUCCAAUAUCAAUUUACAUUGUUGUUUUUUUCAAAGAUGGAGUUGAUUCUUCUAAGUGUUCACCUCACAAUGAUUAAUAUCACAGCUCCCCAAGAAUUACUGUCACAUAUGUAUAAUGAACAUGAAUUCAAAAACGAUCGUUUUUUUUCAUCAUUUCCAUUUUACAACAAAGUCUCUUACACUUUUAAAUAGUUUUGAACAUGAAUUAUUCUUUAUGCUAACAAUCAUGAUGCAGUUGAAUUUUGUAUAUGAAAUCAAGACAAACAAAAUCUAUUUUUCUUUCCCCACCCCAUCUCCCAACUUAUGAAAUUCUGACAGUGUUGAUUCAUUGAUGUACUAAUGGACUUUAAAAUCAUCUUAAGGUGAACAUUUCUCUUUCUCUUUCUGUAAUUGAGUUUCCUAAAUUAUGGUCUUUCUCCCUGUUACACUUGGGGGUGGUAGAAGAGAGACAAGAGACAGAGACAGAGGCAGAGAAAGACCUGCAGAAACCAACUCCUUAAUAUGUAGAAAGGCAACAUUCUGAGUACAGACUACCAUAGGUGGUCAUCAUUCUCCAUUAAUUAGGUUUCACAAGCAAUAAUUUCUUAAAACACCAAAACCACAAACCUAAGUGAGCUGAAAAAUGAUGAGUUACAAAAAGAAUCGUAUCAGGAAUUUCUCAUUUUGGUUUUCAUCGCCAGAUGUUUGUUUAAAUGUGUAUGAAACAACAGACUUUGCACUUGAUGUGAGGCUCUAAAAUGAGCGAUGUCCUACACGAACAGAUUGGUUGCCUUUACCAAUGACCAGACUAGGACUCUUCAAGAACUGUUUUUGUGGCAAGAGGCACACAUUAAAUCUAGGUAACAGUAAUGCCCAUUAAUCUAUGAAGGAGGAUUUUAUGAAUGUGAGAAUACAAGAUCUUUCAUUCCUUCUUUUUGUGUGUUCCAAAAGAGAUUUCCUAAAACAUAGAGGACAUUUUUGCAUCCUGACCUUGAAUGAUCUGGUUUCCAUAGCAGAAUUUGUAUACUCUUCUAUUUGUAAUGAUGUUCAUACAAUUUCUUAAACAGUAAUGCAUUACAUAGGCACUAUUGAACUGGGGCACUGGUGCCUAUAUUCAAGGCUCUUUCUUAUGACUUGUUUGUUUAUAGUUUUUCACAUUUAAAACUUAAAAAAAAAUCACCAUCUAAAGUGAAGGUGAUUAGAAGGAAAUCCUUUGUAUUUCUUUUUCCAACAUCUGUGUGUAAUACAUUACAUUACAUCACAAAGCAACAACUUACUGAAAGAAGUGAGAGAAAUAUUUACAAAACCAACUUGAAAAACAUUGUGUUAACUACAUUGGAUCAUGCAAUUAUAUGUAUUAUAACAUGUCCAUUUAGGGGAAAAAAAACAACAGCAGCAAACUCAUGUUUGUCCAUAGCCAAAAGCCUACUCCAAACUUUCCGUGUCGUGAAGAGAUCAGACAAGACCACCUUUAAGAUACCCACCUGCCACUUAAAGACAACUUAGUUAUAAUUAGUAAUAGUCUAGACACUGCUCUGUGUGUGUGGGGUAGGGGGAGGGAUGAAUUCAGAAGUCAUACUUUUUGAAUAAUUCUCUCAAUGGUAUUUGAAGAAACAAGAGAAUAAAGAAAAACAUGAUCAUUGGCCAAAUCAAGCAAGCAUUUCCCCCAAGCCCUAACAAUUAGCUCAUUACAUUAGUAUAUAUGGUAAUUGGGUCAUAAGAUCUUUUUGUGUUUUAAAAAAAGAAAGAAAGAAAGCAAACCACCCCAUAGUUUGGAAAAUUUCAACCUAGGAUUGGAGCCUCUGAACAAGGAAUAGACUAGAUACACAGCACCUGAUUCACUUUGCUGGGAUGUAGGGGAAAGAAGUCUUCUUCUCAAAGCCCAUAGAAAGAUGGCCCCUUACUUCAAAAGAUAAAACUCCCCUGUGAGACUAGAAAACAAAUAUAUUAAUUCUUCAAAUCUUCUUUUGUUUUCUGUUCAGAGGGUUUUUCAUUGCAAAGAAAUUUAUUUCUUCAAAGCUCAUCUAAAGAUCUAAUUUCCCAAUAGUUUCCUCUGCAUUUAUAUACGAUGUAGUGUUUAGACAACACCUGUUAUAAGUUUAUUAAUAUUAUGUAAGUGUUGUUCUUGUAUUUAUGUAUAGUGUAUGUAUUGUAAAUAUACUCAGAGCUUUUUUUUUUCCUUUUACUGUAAAAUGGUGAUUUUGCCCUAUGAUAAUGUAAAGGGAGACCCUCCUAAUGAAAUUCUGUCAGAGGAUGAUUCCAGUCUAUUCUCAGAGAUUUAAAUGAACAAGUGUUAUCGUUUUUAAUGGUGUCUCAGACAUAUUCUGUUGGUGCAUUGCUUUUCUGUAUUCAACUUUCCUAUGAAUUGAGCUGUGAACUGAAAUAGAAUUUAACCCUUUAAAUGUAUGCAUUUGUAUAAUUAUCUGAAUGAAGGCAUGAAGGUUAAAUAAAGCAUUUUGUAUGGAACAAAA